CUCCAUCAGUCGCUCCUUAUCAGCUCUUAUCAGUAUUGUGAUUGACGUUAUCAGUGUCAACAACAUCGAAAAUCAAAAACAAAAAUUAUUCCAAUUGUAAUGCGUGAAACAGCUCCUGCUUUUGUGUGAUUACAAUAUUGCAAACAAAAAUAUGUUAUCCUCUUUUACGGAGGGGCCCCGCUUCGGAGCCCCGGGUACAAGCUUUGCAUCCAGCAUGGGGGCAUCGAGUAUCGGAGGACUUGAUUCUGUUGGCAGCCUCUCUCGCCGCAGUGCUUGGGUCCGCGAGUACCGUGAUCUUCAGGCGAAUGUUAUGUCCGUCGACUGGAGUGGUUCCUGGAUUCUGCUGGCCGGAAGACGCCAGCUUGCAUUGCAAUCAAUUAAGGACUACGAGAAUCACGAUUCUCCGGUAAUGAUGAGCAGAGACGAUAGCAACGGUGGGAGCCCGAGUGGGUUAACCAAGUUCCCCCGACCUUGGAAGUACGAAGUUUCGGCAGCCGAGUGGGCCAUCUGUAAGGACAGUCAGGAAUAUUGUGCCAUUGCGACAAGUCAAACGAUUGAGGUGCUGACCUGGGAAUCAGGAAGACCUACGACCAAGCACUCACUCAGGGCACAUACGCGUAUGAUUACGGAUAUUGAUUGGCACUCGAAAAUUCCGCACCUGCUGGCGAGUUGCUCGAUUGACACCUUUACGCAUUUGUGGGACUUGCGUGAUCCGAGAAAACCUGUCCUGUCGUUAAAUGCGGUAUGCAUGUCCGGUGCCAGUCAGGUGGGGUUCAAUAGAGUAUCGGGGAACUUGGUGGCCACCGCUCACGAUGGUGACUUGAGGAUUUGGGAUCAACGUAAAGGUUCCUGUCCUAUUCAGUACAUUACGGCACAUUUGUCAAGAAUCCAUGGAAUUAAUUGGAGUCAUGAUCACGAAACAAGUCUGUCGACCGCCAGUCAAGACGGUACGGUAAAAUAUUUCGAUAUAAACAAUCCGAGAAGAGCGGAGAAGAUAAUUACGACGUCAAAUCCGGUUUGGAGGGCUCGUUACACUCCGUUUGCGGAUGGGUUGGUGACGAUAAGCGUUCCACACCAAGGACGAGGAGAGCACAGUUUGUUAAUGUGGAACAAUUCCAAACAAGAUGCCCCAAUCUGUUCACUAACUGGUCACACUGAUGUGGUUCUGGAUUUCGCGUGGAGAAGAACCAGUUUAACAGGUUCGGAUCCGGAGUUGAUUACGUGGUCCCGCGAUCAAACGAUGCGAAUUUGGCGUAUAGACGAGGAAAUUCGGAAGCUUUGUGAACGCUAUCCGAUGGAAGAAGAUGACGGAUUGAUAAUUGAAGAGGGUGUCAGUCUAUCGAGAGUCAAUUCGGGAAAUAAUUUGAAGAGUCCCACACGAGAGAAACAACCAUCCGUAUCGUUGCAGCAUGAGUUCUCUCUGUUGAAUCCCAAUAUUCCGCACAUAGACAUCGAAGUGCUGGAUCCUGUAAAGAGGACUGCCACCGUGCGGAUCUCUGUCAACGGGUAUGUGAUUAUGCUUCAGGUGAACUUCCCUCUUCAAUAUCCAAACAACGGAAUUGGUCCCGAGUUCACAUACUGUCAAGGAACAUCAAUUGACGAUAGUUUGUCGGUGACGCUUAUGAGAGUCCUCCGUGCAACGGCAAGCCAGCGGGUGAAAAAGGGUCGAACCUGCCUGGAGCAAUGUCUUCGAGCGAUGGUAACUCAGCUGAAAAAGUCUUCCAGUAACGGAGAUAAGCACCUGCGGUUGCAAUCACCUCGGUUGGAAGGUGCACUUAGUAGUGCCUUGCACGAUGCCUGUAUUCCUUUCCCGAAAACUUCCGGUGCUCGAUUUAGCCAGGUGGGAAUACUUGUGACCUUUUCGAGACCGCUGAAUACCAAACGAAUCAGUUUGAAGCACCAGAAUACUACUCCGCGAGCGCUUUCCGCUUUGAGUGGCGGGUAUCUUGGGAACGUAAUGGGAUCUCAACCGAUUCUUUACGCACAUAGAGAUCCCAGCGCUUCUUCGUUCUAUGUUCCUGACAGGCAAAAAACUUCUCGAAACCGUGGAGCACAGCCGAAAGUUUGCGUAGCAACCGUGAACGUCUAUGAUAUCUCUAAGAUCCUGUACGUCAGCAAAGAACUUGCUGAAAACUAUAUCAUCAGUACAACUAACGUGGCAGAGAUGUGUCGCCACAACAAAGAAGUAGCUCAAAAAUACGGCCGCCCAGAUCUGGUCCAGUGUUGGUCGCUGGCUGGAAUGAUCGCCCAGCCUAAUGCCGAUUUCGACGCGGACGACGACAUGUUGUGCUCGCAGAAUCCUUUCGCAAAAAGUCUCCUGGAGUCAUUGAUCAGUCAUUUUGCCAAAAUCUACGACAUUCAGACGGCGGCGAUGCUGUGCUGCGCUUUUGGGCGGCACUGCCCUUCACUGUUCGAGUUAUCGCACAGUUCCAGCUCGAGCAGCAAAUCCGUAAACCAAAGCCACAUUCUUAGUGGUCUGCGCAAAAUCAAGCCAAGCGGAUCCCCCUAUCAUACAAUUCUUCCAGUGGAUAGUGCAAACUCCAACAACGUUUGGAACCUGGCCCAGCAGUUGAAGCACUUGCGGAGCAACUCAUGGUCGGAUUCGCUGGACGACUGUCGCAUAGCCGGGCUCGGGGAUAUCAACCGGAGCCUUCUGGGCGACAGCAAUCGCUAUCUGUACGAUAACUUCAAACGUGCCUAUGCGGAAAUGUUGUACCGCUGGGGUUUACUGGUGACUAGAACGAAGAUACUGAAGUAUCUGUCCAGCUACGCGGAACCGCCCCGGUGCGUGGGGUUUGUGACGGAAUGUCCUCUGUGCUGCCGAAUCGGUCAACCAGCAUGCUCCACGUGCAAGAAGCCGGUGCUUUACUGUACGCUCUGCAGACUUCCGGUGCGCGGGGCUGCCAACGCAUGCCUUCACUGCGGCCAUGGAGGACAUACCGAGCACAUGCGAAUUUGGUUUGAUAAGUACGACGAAUGUGCCACGGGGUGCGGGUGCCAUUGUUUGCAGAAGAGUUCUGCUUUGUGUAAUUUAAACUAGAGUAGACAUUUUAAUUCGGUUAAAUACACUGUUGGGCGUAUAUUACGAAUAGAAUUCCGUGAGGUUGAUCGAUUUUGGCUAUUCUCCGUGAAUCGACCAUGGAAUUCAAAUGGAAGCAUUCAACUAUUUUCACUUCAUUCGCGCAAUCUCACGUUUUGCUACUCUUAGAAUAAAGCUCAUUUAAAAAUGA